ACAGUCCAUUUCCAUCCACCGCAGUGAUAAUAUCUCUGUAUUUUUUUCUGUGAAUUAAAAUGAACUGUUAACUAUUAACAAAAUGAAGUGGGUAUUUUAUGUGAUUGUCUUUAUUUAUAUGGCUUAUAGAGCAGUGUACGGUGUCAAAUUAACGGAUGUUCGAAGUAUAACGGUAGAUCCAAUUGAUUAUGGUGAAUAUGAAACGUAUGUUCCGCCCAAUAGCUAUAAAUCAAUAGCAUGCAAAUAUACGAAUAAAUAUCAAAAGGUUGAAUGGAUAAAUCCUUCUGGUAAUACAAUUCCACUAUCACUCAAGAAAAGAGUCGCAACUCAAAAACACCCUGGGCCUCAAAGGGCAUAUACUUUGAGUCUCAUAUUCAGUGAUACAGAGGUCGAUGAUACUGGGGAAUACGAGUGCCGUUCUGGAGAUGUCUCUAAGAAAGUAACACUUUGUGUUAUUGGACCAGCCGAAUUUGUAGAUACGCCGACUGAAGUGUCAAUGGACGAAGGUCGUUCUUAUACUUUAUCAUGCCAAGCGAGAGGUCAACCCGAACCUAGGAUAGUGUGGAUGAGGAACGGACAAGAAAUUUCUAGCAAUGAUUCUAAUAUUUUCCAAGAGAACAAUGACUCUAACAAGUACAAAAUUAUGACGAAGUACAACAGAAAUGGAUUUGAAGGUCUUCUGACAAUAACAUCCCUGACUCCAGAAGACAGCGGAGAAUACACCUGCAUGGCCAUCCAAGAGCAUACGACCGUCGAAGACUGUAGUCUAACUAGACACAUCAAUAUCUCUCUUGUAGUUAAUUACGCACCAGUUUUUGAACGAAAUGAAACUGUAAUUUUCAGCAAGAAUAACGAAAGUGUCGAAUUUGUAUGUUCUGCUGGUGGUCAUCCAGAACCUACUUACAGAUGGUUCCACGCUUUAGACGAUAACACAUUAUUCGAGUAUCCAAAGGAAAGCAUAGUAUACUCAAAAGUUAGAAACGAAGCAAAUUUCACGACGUUAGCCAACCCACUAUCUUUUGGACAAAAAUACGUUUGCGAAGCUACCAAUCAAUAUGGCACGGCAUCGAGUUAUUACACGUUACUAAAAAUAGAAAAACCUAAGACACCAGAGGUUUUUGUCUACAAUAACACGGAAAGUAGUAUAUCACUUCUCUUAGGCUGGCCUGAUUCGGUAUUAUUUCCUGUAGAAGAGAUAGAAGUUCAAGUUACACCAAAAUUAAAGAAAAGAUUACCAAAAGAAGCGGACUGGAAGAAACCUGAAGAUAUAGGUUAUGAAAUGAAAGAGGAACUAGAUGAAAAAGCUUACGUUGUCACAGUAGGUGGUCUAGAACCAGAAUCAGAUUACUGGAUCCGGGUACGAGUCGGCAACGAACUUGGCUUCUCUUCAUGGACUUCACCAGAAGAGGGUUCAACCAGUACUGUUGAAGAAAUAACGGAGAAGUCAACCACCGAGGCUUCGGAUGAAGAUGACACCGAGAAUCAGCCGUUAGAUGGUGACAAUACUAGUUCAAACGAUUCUAUGUUUUAUGGAAUAUUUUUUGCCGGCGGAAUUUUAGUUCUGUCUUUCAUUUGUAUGUUGGCAAUGAAAUUAGUGUGAGGUGUAUUUUAAUGAUGAACUUGUUAUUAAUUAAAAGUUUUUGGUG